CGUCGGACACCCCCGGUCUAUUCAUUACGUUACUCUCCAUUCCUAAACCGUGGGAGUUUUAUCUAGCAUAUCGCCGUUUUGACGCGUCAUGAACAAAUUCGGUUGGCCAAUCAAAAUAACGUUUACAUUUUCAAUACUCUCUGCUAUGGAGGGAAAAAAGCAGACGUCAACAUAAAAAAAUGGCUACUAACAUGCAGGCCGACAAGAAAUGUACCUUUUGUUUAACUACCUUAAAACCAAAAUAUUAUCGCAGUUUAGAAUAUUUAACUAGCGUAAAUCAAUAUAGUGUCGUUUUUAAUGAAUUAAGAAUAAAAAAUCAAGGAGCAGCAUGCGGUCUUUGUACAAACAAAUUGAAUCGAAUUGUAAAACUCAAUGCCGACGAAACAUCAAUUAUUUUCAAAAUCCAAAAAGAAAAGAAUGACUUGAUAAAAGUAUUGAGUGAAAUGCCAGGGUUGAAGGCAAUGCAUGCUGCAGAACAACAGCUUUCUCGAAGUUGCAGUACAAAUAAAAAGAGACCAUUGCCAAGAACCCCAACCGGCGCAACACCCAAAAGUAAAAGGCCAUUGUUCUUCACACCUUCAAAACGACCAUCUUCUUCUCCUGGGAAAACCUGCCCUAAACAAGUUGCCGAUCAAAGCACACAAACAGUACACACGCAGUGUGACUUUCAUGUAAAGGUGGAUGUGAAAUACAAAGGAAAGGAGCGAUCAAGAAUAAUUAAGGACAUAGUUCAACAGACAGCUUUGAAAGCAAUUCUAAACAAUAAAAGUGAAAUAACUGUUAUAAAACAUUUAGUGAAAGACCAAACAUUUAAAAAUGCUUUGAUACAAACACUAUCCAAAGACAUUGAAUUUGAAGUUUCCCAGCUGCCUAAGAGAAGAGAGACUGCUUUAAAAGUUGUCAGUAUUCAAGAUCUGCUAACAUUCGAUUGGGGAUCUCAAGCUGAAAUACUUCAGCAGAAAAUACCGACUCUAAUGUCAAUAUUAAAGUCAAGCAUUGGAGACAACCUCAAUAGUCGCUUGCCAUAUGUCAUCGUAGGUGCAAGUGUCAUUCUGUAUGGAAGAUGUCAGCAGUUGAACCUGCUUCAGUACAUCAUUGGACUUACAUUGGAUAGAUGUGGACUAAAUAAAGAAGGUCUCAACAUACUGCAUGACAUAGGAUUGUCUGUGUCAUACACCAGUGUCCACAACAAGAGGAAAAGUCUUGUCAAACAGCACGAAGACAAUUUAAAUUCUGUUGUCAGAAAGUAUGUCAGUGCAAAAAUUUCUGAACACGAAAAUGUUAUAGUGGGUGAUUGCCAAUCAAACAUGAACAUUGAUGGAGACAUUAUUCAGAAUGAACGGGAUUCAAAUGUGAACAUUGAUAGAGACAAUGAUGUGAACACAUUUAUUCCAAAACCUUUUGAGAUAAUUGGCGAUAAUUUGGAUGUCUGCAUUGCUCCAACACGGAUGACAAUGAAAAAGCAAAGACAAAGUUUACAUAGGUUUUUGACCAUGGUCAAACAAAAAAGAAUUACUUAUCAUGAUGAUUAAAACAAGUCUUCUACAGUGAACCAAAAACAGAUAUUAUAUAUUCCGUCAUCUGAGUGGAUUCCUUCAAGUGAACAAAUUGAUUCGAUUCUAAAUAACGUUGUCUUUCAUAUAUCGACAACUUUAAUAAAAUACAUCAAAAUGUUAUCUCCAAUCAAAGUGUCAUAUCCAAGUUACAUUGAUCAUCCGUACACACAUAUAACAUCGAAAAAGUCAAUUGUUUUGAACUGUGACCUAAUAGAUGCCAGUGAAAAUUCAUCUCAAGGCAUGAUAAAAAUAUUGCAGAAUGUCCAUGACCUCGCCGUUCCUCAUAGUUCAGAUACCAUAUUGCAAAAAGUAGUUUUUGGAGGUGAUGUACUGACGAAUGAACGUGCUUUUGCAGCUCAAGAAGCUAUGCAGAAUUGUCAGUCGAAAUUUGCAAGUUUAGCUGGCAUCAUUCACAGACCUGAAGGACUACACACAGAAUUUAACUUUCUACAAGUACAAAAGUGUUGAAAGUUUUAACAGUUCUGCCUGUUAUAGUUCCAAGUUAAUAUAGUUUUGCAGUUGGAUACAGUUAUUACCUUGUUCCAAGUGAGUACAUUUUAUCGUUAUAGGGAAAAUCUAGGAAUAGUUAGCAAGGUGCUGCAUUGUUCUUAUUCCAUGUGUUAAACAUUUUGAAAUCAGAAUAUUUUAUAAAUUGUCUAUUAUCAGUAACACAUUGCUAAAAA